AUUACUCCCUACUCCCCACCCCGCCUUGCCUCGGAAAAUAAUCCAUCAACCUGGGCUGGAGAUUGGAGAAGCAGCGAAGCGAAGGACAGAGAGCUCUCGGCGCUCUUUUUUAACUAACUCCACAAUCCACAUCGUAGUCUUUUAUUUCUCUUCAUAAAAAAUGAAGAGAAUAAAAAGAGCUGUCGUUAGCUCUUCUUUCUUUCUUCUCCUCUGAGAAGAAACACGAGUGUCAGACACGUUACACGUCCGAUGAUGGCGAAUCUGCCUCAAUCGCUCUCGCUCAACCCUCCUUUUGGUGGUCCAACCGCUUCUUCUGCUAACACCAACGCUGUUCAGGCCAGCAAAGACCGUAGAAUGGCCUCAGCCGAACAGUUGGUACUCGAGCUCAGCAACCCUGAUCUCAGAGAAAAUGCACUCCUUGAUCUCUCAAAGAAAAGGGAAAUAUUUCAAGAUUUGGCUCCAUUAUUGUGGAACUCUUUUGGUACUAUAGCUGCACUUUUACAGGAGAUAGUGUCCAUAUAUCCUGUUUUGUCACCACCAACCCUUACUCCAGUUGCAUCAAAUCGAGUUUGCAACGCACUUGCUCUUCUCCAGUGUGUGGCUUCUCAUCCAGAUACAAGGACCCUAUUCUUGAAUGCACAUAUUCCUUUGUAUCUUUACCCUUUCCUCAACACUACAAGCAAGACAAGACCAUUUGAAUACUUGAGGCUUACAAGCUUGGGUGUUAUUGGAGCACUUGUGAAGGUUGACGAUACGGAAGUUAUUAGUUUCCUUCUAUCAACUGAGAUAAUUCCUUUAUGUCUGCGCACCAUGGAGAUGGGGAGUGAACUUUCAAAAACAGUAGCUACAUUUAUCGUUCAAAAAAUACUACUGGAUGAUGUGGGGCUGCGUUACAUUUGUGCUACAGCUGAGCGCUUUUUUGCAGUAGGUCGUGUGCUGGGUACCAUGGUUAAUUCACUUGCCGAGCAACCCUCAUCUCGGCUUCUAAAACAUAUCAUUCGUUGUUACCUCAGAUUGUCCGAUAAUCCAAGGGCUUGUGAAGCAUUAAGAAAUUGCCUUCCUGAAAUGUUAAGAGAUGCAACAUUCAGUAGUUGCCUUCGUGAAGAUCCAACUACUAAAAGGUGGCUGCAACAGCUGAUUAAUAAUGUAGCAGGAGGAAACCGAGCAGCAGCGUAUCAAGCUGGGGGAGGACUAGAGCACAUGCUAGGAAAUUAGACAAGGUUAUCAACAAUUUUCAAAUUGCAACUGCAUUAACAGAACUGAAUUCUUUUAUCUAUACAGACAAAGAAUUACCACUGAAGAGACCCGGUAUUUAUCUCUCUUUAUAUAGAUAAAUUUAUCUGUUGUAUGUUUUUCCUCAAAUUGGCAUAAGGGCCAUAAUCAUAAGUUUGAUGCUCUCAUCUCAUGUAAUCCAGUAUAUGCUGGUUGUAAGUUCUACGGAUCUUAAGAUAGAUACUCAAAACAGAUUGUUUUUAUUGAUUUCUGUCAUUCAUCGGGGAGUUCCUGUCUGUAAUGUCAGUACCAGCUCUUCCUUGCA